UUUCUUUUCAUUGUAACAUUAUUAUCAUUUUUCACAAUUCUUUUCUACUCUGCACUGCUCCCAUCAUGCUCCAGCUUAAAACUUACCUCAUGACCUUCAUAUCCUACUCCCUACUCAUACCAUUGCUAGCUACUGCAGACUGUGAAUGCGAGUCGGAUCCUGAAGAUCGUAACAGGACUGACGCCCUCCAUUUGAAGCUGGCCGCGCUCGCUUCAAUCCUUGCAACCGGUGCAAUUGGUGUAUGUAUCCCUAUCUUGGGGAAGUCGAUUUCGGCACUUCAGCCCGAGAAAGAUAUCUUCUUCAUGAUCAAAGCUUUCGCGGCUGGUGUGAUACUAGCCACUGGCAUGAUACAUGUGCUACCAGAUGCAUUCAAUAGCCUAACAUCGCCUUGCCUGAAGGAAAACCCAUGGGGUGAUUUCCCAUUUGCGGGGUUUGUUGCCAUGUUAUCGGCGAUCGCGACGUUGAUGGUGGACACUUUCGCCACUGGUUAUUUUAAGCGGUUGCACUCCGAAAAGGCUCAGUCGAUGAAUGAUGGUGAUAUGGAUGUGGAGAAGAUGAGCCCUUACGUGGGUCAUAUUCAUACACAUGCUACACAUGGGCAGGUGCAUGGUGGGGCUUCAAAGUCAGUUGAUUCAAAUUCAACUGAUCUUAUUCGACACCGGGUGGCAUCACAGGUUUUGGAAUUAGGCAUAGUGGUUCAUUCCGUAAUUAUUGGAAUUUCCUUGGGUGCUUCGCAAAGCCCAUCAACAAUAAGGCCUCUUCUAGUGGCCUUGAGCUUUCAUCAGUUUUUUGAGGGCAUGGGACUUGGUGGAUGCAUUGUUCAGGCGAAAUUCAAGGUUAGAUUGAUGGCGUUCAUGGCCGUCUUUUUCUCCCUGACCACCCCAAUUGGGAUCGCCUUAGGCUUCGCCGUAUCAUCAGUUUACCAUGAGAAUAGCCCAACGGCUUUGAUUGUUGAAGGAAUUUUCAAUUCAGCCUCGGCAGGGAUCCUGAUCUACAUGUCACUGGUGGACCUACUCGCGGCAGAUUUCAUGAGCCCUAGGAUUCAGAGCAAUGGAAUGCUUCAGUUGGGGGUAAAUGCUUCCCUUCUUCUUGGGGCAGGGUGCAUGUCCCUCAUGGCCAAAUGGGCCUAAGAGUUACAAUAAUCAAGGUUUAAGUUGUCCACAAUGCCAUGACAGUAAGGAUUACUUGAUACGUACUAAUAUCGGCCUAGAUUGGACCACAUUGGCAUAAACCAGCCCAACAGUGGAGAAAUACCAACCCAUAUCGUUAUUCGUGGUGAAUGAUCCAAUAUAUGCAAAACCAAUUUCCCAACUAUGUUUAUAAUCGCCCCCUUUUUACUGCAUUC